AGCAAGACCUUGACACGGCACAGAAAAAGAUCGCUGAGCAGACUGACAUCGCUGAAAUGCUCCAAAUGGAAAAAGAGGCCCUCCUAGCUGAGCAAAAACAGGUGACUGAAGAAACCAACAACGCUGCCACCUGGUUAAAGAAGGCAAACAAAAAACUGCUGGUCGAGCAGAAACACUUCAACAAGUACCUAAGUGGUCAUCACGUGAACACCCCAAAACCUCACACCGCAGAACCACCACAGAUCACCAGGUGCCCCCAACACUGUGCUGGUGGUGAUGACCUCGAGACAGAUGCCUUUAUGACAAUAUCCUUGGAGGCGCAACUCAUCGCUGAGAGACUAGAAAAUGCCACCAAAGCCCAUCAAAUCAUGGAGCUUAAGACCCAACUACUCAGCCUGAGGGCAGAUUAUGACAAGGAGCACCAGAAGGUUUUCCACCAAAACCAACUCGCAGUUGAUCUGAAGAAAGAAAAUACCACCCUGGCCCAGCAGAAACAGAGAUAUUUUUGCUUGUUGUUGGAGUUAAGAGAGAAAGUGUUGAAAAUGCAGAAGGAAUUAAACAGACAAGAGAAACACAACCUGAAACGAAGAAAAGCAGAGGCAACAGAAGCCACCAAGACCAAAAGAGAGCUGGAGGACAUGUCCCAGGAUAAAGCAACACUUAUCGAAGAAUUGAAUGCUGCGAAUCAGAGCCUUGCCAGAAGAGCACUGGAAAUAGAGGCCCUCAAAUCCAGACUUGCUAUACUGGAGGGUGGUGGAUUCUGGGUGCCGUGCAAGUAAGUUAGUUCCGUUAUGUCCAACUCACACAUCAGAACUUUUCCUUUAGAUUCUUUCUUUACCAUCCUACCAUUGAUCCAGGGAAUAUCCUCUCAGGUCAUGUAACCAGUUUUAUUUUCACAGGUGUGAGGACAU